AGGUUGCCGCUGUGGAGUUUUUGUCUGGCGGAGGAGGGUGGAGGGAAAGCGCCGUCGCGGGAGGCGGCGCCGGUGGCUGCCGGGGCAGCUGGUGCCUGCCCGGGUUACCGGGACGGUCCUCUAAUCCCUGUGAUCCAGAUCAGCGGCUCUGGGGAGAGCAAAGCCAGCUCCCCCCGCCCGGUGUGCCAGCCAGCCAGCCCCGGGUUGCCCCUGCACGGGGCAUGCGAGCUCCCCGUUGUGAAAUCUUCCCGGGCGUAGCUCUGGCUUCCUCCUUGUGGCCGCUUCUGCCUGUGAAACGUGGAGGCAGUGAGGGCCAAACGCCGAGCGUCAGAGGUGGUUUCUGAGAGCGAGCUUGAAGAAACAACGUCUUGGGGACUUUGUGCUGGAUUUCGGGAGACUUCUGAGUCACGUUAGUAAAUCGAGCUUUCCUGCUGAGCGAAACAGGAAAGAAGAAACAGCUGUCUCCUGCCCCUAGACCUGCUGUUUUUGAAAAAUGCAGUGCAAAAUGUCUUAGCUGAGGUUCUGUUUUGACAUCAACCUGUGUUUUUCCAGCAUCUUGCCUCUGUAUUCAGAAGCAGAAAGCGUCAAGAUAAAGACACAAAGAUGACCGAGUUUUGGCUGAUUUCUGCUCCUGGGGAAAAAACCUGUCAACAGACAUGGGAGAAACUACAUGCAGCAACUACAAAAAAUAACAAUCUUUCUACUAAUUCAAAGUUCAAUAUUCCAGAUUUGAAGGUUGGCACACUGGAUGUUUUGGUUGGUUUGUCAGAUGAGCUGGCUAAACUGGAUGCAUUUGUGGAGGGUGUUGUAAAGAAAGUGGCCCAGUAUAUGGCUGAUGUUCUAGAAGACAGUAAAGAUAAAGUUCAGGAAAAUCUUCUGGCUAAUGGAGUUGACUUGGUCACCUAUAUAACAAGGUUCCAGUGGGAUAUGGCCAAAUACCCAAUCAAGCAAUCCUUGAAGAAUAUUUCAGAAAUUAUUGCAAAGGGAGUAAACCAGAUUGACAAUGAUCUGAAAGCAAGAGCCUCGGCAUACAAUAAUCUGAAAGGGAACCUUCAGAAUUUGGAAAGAAAGAAUGCGGGAAGCUUGCUAACCAGAAGCCUUGCCGAUAUUGUAAAGAAAGAGGACUUUGUACUUGAUUCAGAAUAUUUGGUCACGUUAUUAGUGAUUGUACCGAAGUUAAAUUAUAAUGACUGGGUUAAGCAAUAUGAAACACUAGCAGAGAUGGUUGUACCACGUUCCAGCAAUGUACUCUUCGAGGAUCAAGACAGUUAUCUUUGUAACGUCACCUUGUUCAGGAAGGCAGUGGAUGACUUCAAGCAUAAAGCCAGGGAAUUUAAAUUUAUGGUCCGUGACUUCCAGUAUAAUGAAGAAGAGAUGAAAGCGGAUAAAGAAGAAAUGAAUAGACUGUCAACUGACAAGAAGAAACAGUUUGGUCCUCUGGUUCGGUGGCUGAAAGUUAAUUUCAGUGAAGCUUUCAUUGCAUGGAUUCAUGUGAAAGCACUACGAGUUUUUGUUGAAUCUGUUUUAAGGUAUGGUUUGCCAGUUAACUUCCAGGCAAUGCUGCUUCAGCCUAAUAAGAAAACAAUGAAGAAACUGAGGGAGGUUUUGUAUGACUUAUACAAGCACCUUGACAGCAGUGCAGCAGCUAUCAUUGAUGCGACUAUGGAUAUUCCAGGCUUAAACCUCAGUCAGCAGGAGUACUACCCGUAUGUGUACUACAAGAUCGAUUGUAAUUUGCUCGAAUUCAAGUAAAAGUUCCCUAACAUGACAAUCUUCUCAGUGUUGGUGUAAACAAACAGAAGUAAGGUUGAAGUACCGUAAUACUUUUAACACUCUGCUAAUCAUAUGCUUGCUUCUUAUGUUAGGUGAGUUUAACACACAGUGGUCCAUCUCUAGACAUUUUCUUUUUAAAGAACAGUGUAGGUAAUCUGCUUUUAAUCAAUUAUGUCUGUAAAUGUAUAUUGAGAGAAUUGAAGUAUUUAUAAACAGAGUGAUUUAUUUAAGGAAAAGCUCAUUCCUCUUUCAUAUGGUGGUCUGUGUUAAUUCCAUUUACCAAUGUUUAUAAAAAAACUUGUUUACAGAAGAAUAGUGUAAAUGUUCAUGGCCAUUUUGUUCAUUUGAUUUAGUAGAUACAAUUGUGUUAAUGUUAAACUGUGAUGUAAAGUAUGUAAAAUUGGUAUGAAAUUGUGCUUUCUGAAUGGUUUAAAAUUAACAACUGAAGCACUGUAAACACAGGAAAAAAUAAAUAUACCUGUGCAAACGUGUCA